AUGCCGACCAUUGCCGUCAAGUCUCGGGGCGAUUCAAAGGAAGUGUCACCUCUAAAGCCGAAUAAUUUGGCUCUAUUGCGUGUAAAAAAGCGACUUGUUCCGAUGCAAUUGGAAUGUAGCAGUAGUGAAGAUGCUGGAGGAGAUACAGAUGAGAAAGAUGGACACAAAUUAGUGCAAGCAGCAUCCAUUUGGCGAGAAGUUGAAGGACCUGACGCAGCGAAUGCCGAUGUAAAAAUGAACAACAUUCGACGGUAUUUUCGAGCGGCACGGGCGCUGUACGAGAUGCAAUUCCAGGUGAAGCGACCCUCGGCUAUCUUGAAAAUGAAGUCCAGCUCGUACGGACUUAAAAGCCGAUCGACAUUCGACGCGUUGGCAGCGCUGGUGUCUCCACUCCGUGCACAUCAAAUUCUCGAUGACUGGACGGGUAUGGAAGUUAGUCUUUUCGAAGAGGCUUACGAACGCUUUACCAAGGACUUUCAUGCCAUCGCCGAGCAGCUCCCGAAGAAGACAAUAAAAGACAUUGUUGCGUUCUAUUAUGUUUGGAAGAAGCAUGGAUCAUGCGCAAAAUUUCGAGAUUCAGACGAUGUCAAUAUAUCGGAUGAUUUUUUACCGGAGCCUGAGCCAAACGUAUCGAGUGAGACGCUCAAGCUGAUGGAUCGUCUAAGAAAACGCCAGGGGUACAUUCAAGAUUACCUUGAUGCUGCUCGGGCUAUGUAUUCUCCUCAGCCAACGUAUGCGUCCAACCACAAAAGGCAAAAGAUUUCCACAUUUGGUUUACAGCGCGUCACCUGCUUUCAUCAAGGCCUCAAAGGGUUAUCGCCAUUGCGUGUUUCAUCAGUGCUGGACACGUGGACUCCAUUUGAGAUCAGAAUUUUUGAAGUUGCGAUCGAGUGUUACGGCAAGGAUUUCCCGCGAAUUGCUGAUGUAAUCAACAGCAAGUCUUGCGGGGACGUGGUUGCAUUCUACUACAUCUGGAAAAAUGAUUUCCAUUACCAAGUCGUGAAGAAUCGGUGGGAAAGGAAGGAUGAAGCGCGUUUAACGAAGAAAUCUUCGGCUGACUUUAAUAACAAGUGUGCAUAA